AUGGGGCAAGUCUCCUCCAUCUCCAUGGCGACGCCCGGUAUUCUGGGACUGGAUGCCUGCACGUCCAUUGGGAGCUUCAGCAAGCAAGACGAGAUGACAUUGGAUCUGCAGAAUACCCUGCCGAGCAGAAGCAACUCGCCAGAUGCGAUUGACACGAUCGCUGCCCUGCUGGAAGAUCCCCACACCGGGCAGAACUUGUACAAGGCACUGCGGAAUGCGUCCAAGUCUGUGCCCCCGGCCCUGUUCAACGCGUGGGCCGCCCUUGCAGAUCAGGCAGUCCGCGUGGGAAUUGACUACCGUACCUUAGGGCUUGGCUGGUCGCACCCAAACACUCGCCGGCAGUAUCGGCUGGGCCAACACGCCUCCAUCUCCUGCCCGGAGUCGAGGGCUCGUGCUGAGCAGUCCCGUUCUUUUCUCCACGAUGUUUUGAUGGAAGCACUCAACCAGGAAGCUGCUUAUGGUGCGGCCAGCAAGCAGAGCCGACUGGAGGAGGCCUUAACCGUGGCCUUCCUUCACGAGAUCGGAGCCCCUGUUGACUUCAAGGCCUCGGCGUCCGGCAUCCUCCUCGCGCUCCGAACGGAGCUGCUGAUGCCCCUGCGCGCGAUCAAUGAGGGCCACAUACACAGGACCUUCCAAGGGCAGCCCUUGCCGCUGCCGGAAGUUGCGGCGACGGUUCGUGCGCUGACGGAGGCGGUCCUUUCGCCCCCUGGAGGCUAUGCAGCCUGGCGAUAUACGAAUCCGGUCGGCAUGGAACAGCUGCGUGGGCUGAAUCUCUUGCAGAUCAGCCACUGGCGGCAUCCCCUCGUCUUGGAGCACGGAGAGGGGUCGCACAGCUCCCCCUCCUAUCAAGGAAGAUGCCCUCAACCGGAAUUGAGGCUGGUGACCCACGAAGGUGACGAGUCAGAGCUCAACUUUUUCUGGGCAACCAAGAUCGGAGGUCCCUCCCAUGGCUUCGACUACGAGGCACAAUGCUUGCUGCCGCUCUUGUGCAAUGCGCGGCACAAGGUGAUUCUGGUAAACGAUCCGCAUUGGCCGGACUACCCCUGUGGCCGCUGCCACUUUCGCCUGCUUUGGGCGGAGAUCCCGGCCUCGCCCGAGAGCCCGCGCGCUGCGGAGCCUCACAGCCCUCCGGGUCCAAAGCGCAGUCGCUCCGUGCCGGCGCUGCAUCGACGGAGGAGCAACCCCUUCCUCAACGGGGAUCACGGCUGCGCUCCGCGGCUGUGGUUGGAGGGCCUGCAUGGCGACUUCGAGGCUGUGCAAAACGGAUUGGGCCGCAAUUGGCUACCCCACGUCCUUCGGCACGCCGUCGUGAAGGCCUGUCAGCUGCAGGUUUCGCUCUUGGUGGACCGGCAGCUUAUGGACCUUCUUCGUGCGGUGGCCGAAGACACUGGCGGCCUCGUCUGCGAAAGCACUGAGCGAAUGGUGCUUCGGCCCAGCAACGGCGUCGUUGAGGCAUCCGACUACCUCUCGCGCCGGCACGACUGGGUUCAGCUCGAAGAGGAGGUUACAGAGCCGAUGACCAAAGCCAAGUUCGUGCCUGUGACCUCUGUCUGA